AUGGGUCACUCGCACGGUUUGCGAUCCGGCACUCGGUAUGCCUUCAGCCGUAACUUCAAGGAGAAAGGUCAAAUUCGCCUGUCGACCUACCUGAAGACCUAUCGGGUCGGCGAUAUCGUGGAUAUCAAGGUCAACGGUGCCGUUCAGAAGGGUAUGCCCUACAAGGUCUACAACGGUAAGACCGGCGUCGUCUACAACGUCACCAAGUCCUCCGUCGGUGUUCUUCUGUACAAGGUUGUCGGCAACCGCUACCUCGAGAAGCGCGUCAACAUCCGCAUCGAGCACGUUAAGCACUCCCGCUCCCGUGAGGACUUCGUCAAGCGUGUUAAGGAGAACGCCGAGAAGAAGCGCAAGGCCAAGGAGCAGGGCAUUCACCUCCACCUCAAGCGCCAGCCCGUUAUGCCCCGUGAGGCUCACCUCGUCCAGGGUGCCGCGCCCGAGACCAUCACUCCUAUCCCCUACGACACCCACAUCUAA